AUGUCACCAUUACUGAAAUAUACCACUACGCUUCUUUCCACACUCCCCUAUACCCUUGCACAGACCUACACCAACUGCAACCCUCUAGAAAAGACCUGCUCGUCCGACACAGGCUCAACGCAAAGCACACUACACUACAACUUCGUCGAGAGCUCAUCAACACUCGCAGAAUGGACGACUCUCUCAGGCAACCCAACUAUCAGCUCCGAGGGCGUCGAACUCACAAUCAACAAGCAGGGUGAUGCACCCAAAAUCGAAACGCCAUAUUACAUCUUCUUCGGUGAGAUCAGCAUCGUUAUGAAAGCUUCCGCCGGCACGGGCAUAAUCAGCAGUAUCGUUCUAGAGUCAGAUGAUCUCGACGAAGUCGACUGGGAAGUCCUAGGAAGCUACACAACCAAACUCCAAACCGACUACUUCGGCAAAGGCGACUCCUCCACCUCCAACCGCUGGACCUGGGAGCCCAUCGACGACCCUCAAUCUACCUUUCACAACUACACCCUAACUUGGACCCCUGCGGCCCUGACGUGGAGCAUCGACGGCACGGCCACGCGCACACUUUCCUACUCCGACGCCGCGAACGGAACCCGCUACCCGCAGACACCCAUGCAGGUCAGAAUUGGGAUCUGGGCUGGUGGCGAUCCGGAUAAUAACCAGGGGACGAUUGAUUGGGCGGGUGGGGAGACUGAUUACUCUCAGGCGCCGUUUACUAUGGUUGUGAGAAGUGUGGAUAUCGUUAAUUAUUAUCCGGCGGAGAGCUAUACGUAUAGUGACAAGAGUGGCGACUUUGAGAGUAUUGUGAUGCAGGGGGGAAAGGUGUCGAGUCUGCCGGCUUCUGCUGAUGCCUCUGGCUCCGGUGGGCUGGAGCGUCGAGGCCGGGUUGCGCCCAGUUAA